ACUGAAAAACAUACUCUUGCGACGUGAGGAAGAAGAUGGAUCCCCGUUCAAUCUCUUGCUUGAUUACUGCCCGAAGUUUAAGAUGAAGGACGAUCCUUGGAUAAAGACGCCUCCUGCAAGAAACCCUACGAGUGGAGAUCUAUAAAUGGUAGCUCUCGACGAACGAAACCAACAAAGGGUAUUUUUUAUUCCUGAUUUUUCUUACACUUGAAAAGGGGUGCAGUGAGAAGAAGAAGAAGAAGAAGAAGAAGAAGUGAAACGACUAAUAAUGGAGUCUCCGGCUCCGUCUUAUGCUACAUUACCUGAUUUCUACGCAUCCCUUUUACAGAGAAACCUCAAGAAUAGAAAUCCAAUUACAGGAAAGAUGAUUCAUGCUAACAUUGUGAAGACUGGACUUCAUUUCAGUGUGUUUUUGAUGAACAAUAUGGUCAAUUUCUAUUCAAAAAACGGAUCUCUUGUCGAUGCCCAGCAUCUGUUCGACGAAAUGCCUGUUAAGAGCACAUCUUCUUGGAACAUAAUUUUAUCUGGUUACGCAAGAGAUGGACAAAUUGGUCCUGCAACUCGUGUUUUCAAUGAAAUACAAAACCCUGAUGAUGUUUCCUGGACAACUAUGAUAGCUGGGUAUAAUAUGAUUGGUGAAGUUAAACAUGCAAUGAAGUUCUUUCUAGAGAUGGUUUCUUAUGGAGUUUCACCUACCCAAUUCACAAUUACAAAUAUACUAGCUUGCUGUGUUUCCAUGAAAGCUCUUGAUUUGGGUAAGAAGGUUCAUUCCUUUGUUGUAAAACAUGGUCUUAGUAGUUAUGUUACUGUAGGGAAUUCUCUCCUUAACAUGUAUGCAAAACUCGAUGAUCCGGUAACUGCAAAUGUUGUCUUUGGCAGGAUGAAGUUAAAGAGUAUAUCCACAUGGAAUUCCAUGAUCUCGUUGCAUAUGCGAUCUGGUUUUCCAAAUAACGCGCUGAAUCUGUUUAAUGAAAUGUCUGAAAGAGAUAUUGUUUCAUGGAAUUCCAUCAUCACUGGCUACAGCCAACAACAGGGUGGUCUUCAAAUGGAAGCAAUUGUCUUUUUCUCGAAAAUGUUGAAGGAAACUUCUUUAAGACCUGACCAAUUCACCUUAGCCAGUGUUCUAUCUGCUUGUGCGAAUCUAGAAGAGAUGAUUAAUCUCGGGAAGCAGAUACAUUCUCAUGUUAUAAGACUCGGGUUCGAUGUUUCUGAACCAGUUGGAGGUGCUCUGAUAUCAAUGUACUCUAAAUCCGGCGAAAUGAAAUCGGCUCAAACGAUUUUCGAUAAAGAUUUGACAUUUAAAAUCAAUUGCAAUGUAAUAGCAGUUACAGCUCUUCUAGACGGGUACCUUAAACUAGGAGACGUAAACCACGCUAGAAUAAUAUUUGAUUCGAUCAGAACCAUCGACGUGGUCGCAUGGACGGCCAUGAUCGUCGGUUAUAUGCAGAACGGUCUACAUAAUUCCGCGAUAGAGCUUUUCCGAUCAAUGGUCAUAUCAGGGCCGAGGCCAAAUGCUUACACUUUCGCAGCCAUGUUGAGUGUAAGCUCAAGCUUGGCUUCAUUAAGCCACGGCCGACAAAUCCACUCACGAUCGUUAAGAUCGGGAGAAGUAUCGUCUUCUUCGGUUACAAACGCUUUGAUUACGAUGUACGCCAAAUCUGGAAGCAUAGAAAACGCCAUUCGUGUUUUCAAUUUAUCAAACAUUGCUAGCAAAGAUAAUGUCUCGUGGACGUCCAUGAUCAUAGCGUUAGCCCAACACGGGCUUGGAGAGGACGCAAUCGUAAUUUUCGAGCGGAUGCUUGAUUCCGGUAUCAUCCCUGAUCAUAUAACGUAUAUUGGAGUACUAUCGGCUUGCAUUCACGUUGGUUUAGUGGAAAAAGGUCGAAAGUAUUACAGACUGAUGAGGGAAGUUCAUAGAAUCGAACCCACGUUAGCCCAUUAUGCAUGCAUGAUCGAUUUAUUGGCUCGAGGUGGUUUACAUAAAGAAGCGAUGGAUUUCAUUGAGAGUAUGCCUAUUGAGCCAGAUUCAAUAGCGUGGGGUUCACUUUUAGCGUCUUGUAAAGUUCACAAGAAUAUCGAGAUUGCGAAAAUGGCUGCAGAUAAGUUGCUUGUUCUUGAUCCCGAUAACAGUGGGGCUUACACGGCGCUUGCUAAUGCUUAUGCAGGUUGUGGGUUUUGGGAAGAAGCUGCUAAAGUUAGGAAAUUGAUGAAGGAAAAGAAGGUGAAGAAAGAACGUGGGCUUAGUUGGAUUGAGGUGAAAGAUAAAGUUCAUGUUUUUGGAGCUGAAGAUGGUUCACAUCCACAGAGAAUUGCGGUUUAUGAAAAGAUGGGUGAAAUAUGGAAGGAGAUAAAGAAGAUGGGCUUUAUGCCGAAUAUGGAAUGUGUAUUACAUGAUCUGGAUGAGGAGGCUAAAGAGGAGAUUCUUCAACACCAUAGCGAAAAGUUAGCGAUUGCAUUCGGAUUGAUUAAUACACCUGAGAAGACGACUUUGAGGAUCAUGAAGAAUCUCAGGGUUUGCGACGACUGCCAUUCGGCUAUUAAAUACAUUUCGAAACUGGUGGGGAGAGAGAUCGUCGUGAGAGAUGCCACUCGCUUUCACCAUUUUAGAGGUGGAGUGUGUUCUUGCCGUGACUAUUGGUAAGGAAACAUAGAGGAACUCAAUUGUUGGUCAUCUUUGAGAAGAUUGAAGCUCAUUUGAAGUUGAUAUCUUUAAUGGAGAUAGCAUUUUUGGGGCUUGUUCAUUAGAAUCAAACCAACACCAACAAAUAGAAUCAUUGGACAUAAAUUCCAAUAACAGAUGCUUUUGUUGAUACACCCCAUGGCCCUCCGCUUCCCCAGUGGGAAUCGAACUUGACCCGCUUCCAUUGGAAUCGAAUAUUUGACAUUUUGGUCCCAGUCAAAUGGAAUAUUAGAGCUCUAAAUCGUGUUGAGUUUUUUCUGUAUGCAUUUCUUAUUUGUUUGUAAUGAGGAAAGAAUUACAUUGUGCAGAUGAAAAAACAGCAAUAUGGUUUCUAGUUCUUUACAAUAUGCUGGCUUUGUGAAUUUGAACAUGAAAACAUAAGUUGUGGAGUAAAUAAAAACAAUUCUGGUCAAGAAUGAAGCAAAUACAAAGGAAGCAACUUGAAAAUAAUCUCAUUUUGGAGCUAUGAGCUUUGGCCUGUACUUUUGAUUUGUUUUUUACCUCUACUUUCCAUGACCUAGUUUUCUUGUUCGGAUAUUUCAUGUAUGGAAACC